AAGGCGAAAAUUGCGGUAUUGCCAUCACCCGGGGACUCUAUCCGCCACUGAGUAAGGCGGCGGAGAUCUCCAUCGACGGAAGCACAUGCAAUGAUGCAAACGCUUCCGAAGCGAGCUCAAUCGAUUCGCAUUGUACGGGCGGUCGCGGAUUGAGGGGUAUCGUCCGAACAGCUUCACGACCUCGAAUUCGGGAGUAGGCGACGCAUUUGGCUCCGAUGGGACGUUCUCGCGCGGCUUCUCGCUCUGCCGAUGAAGAUCCGAAUCAAAGAUCCAAGAGGAAAAAGAUUGGCUCUGGUCCAGAAAAUGUAGAGUCUGCAUAUGCAGUUGUUGGUCAGGGAAAUGAAGAGAAAGGGGCUUCCUACCACUGCAACUACUGCAACAAGGAUAUGUCAGGAAAAAUUCGUAUGAAGUGUGCGACUUGUCCAGAUUUUGACCUUUGCAUAGAGUGUUUUUCUGUUGGAGCUGAAAGUACCCCCCACAAGAGCAAUCAUCCGUACCGGGUCAUGGACAAUUUGUCCUUUCCACUUCUAUGUCCAGGCUGGAAUGCAGAUGAAGAAAUGUUACUUUUAGAGGGCAUUGAAAUGUAUGGGUUUGGUAAUUGGGCUGAAGUUGCCGAACAUGUUGGAUCUAAAAGCAAAUCACAAUGCAUCACCCAUUACAAUGCCAUGUAUAUGAACUCCCCUUGCUGGCCUCUCCCAGACUUGUCUCAUGUUAUGGGCAAAAACAGAGAGGAGCUUGUUGCAAUGGCCAAAGGACAAGAGGAAUUAAAGGAAGAGUCAUCUUCAAUUGGGGAACCUCUCAAAGAAGAGUCAGCUUCUUCUACAAAAUUCAAAUCCAUGGAAUCAUUGAAAGAAAUUCCAGUUCAUGUACUUUCUUCCGGCUCAAUUGCUGGUAAGAGGGGAUGCAACAUCUCACAUGCUAAGGAAGAAAUUAAAGAUGAAGAAUCUCAAAUAGACAGGAGCAUUGGAGAGAAAAAGCCUAGAAUUUCUGGGGAUGAAGGGCCAACUGCAACAGAGUUCAGUGGUUAUAAUUUCAAAAGGCAGGAAUUUGAGGUUGAAUAUGACAAUGAUGCAGAGCAGUUACUAGCUGAUAUGGAAUUUAGGGAUACCGAUACACAUGCAGAGCGUGAAUUGAAGCUGCAAGUGCUACACAUAUAUUCAAAAAGGCUCGACGAGAGGAAACAUAGAAAGGAUUUUAUAUUGGAGCGAAACUUGCUCUACCCUGAUCCAUUUGAGAAGAAUCUCUCUCCAGAAGAGAGAGAGAUAUAUAAGCGCUUCAAGGUCUUCACGCGGUUUCACUCGAAAGAAGAGCAUGAAGAGUUUGUUAAGAGUAUAAUAGAGGAGCAUCGGAUUGUCAAAAGAAUACAUGAACUCCAGGAUGCUCGAGCUGCUGGCUGUCGAACAGCGGCAGAGGCGAAUAAGUUUAUUGAGCGGAAGAGAGAGAAGGAAGCAGAAGGAGCCCAGAGAAUGAAGGAAAUUUCACAGGCUGGUCCGAGUGGUAAAAUCUUUCCAAAGCCUAGUCAUGUCAAAGUUGAGCAGGAGAGCAGCCCUCGAGGACUUGUCAGGAGCUCCUCGAGCCUACAGUCCAGUGGCAAGGACACAACUUUGACGUCGCUGGAUACUCUACACAGCUCCCUAGAUGAUUGGGACAUUAGCGAUUUUCCUGGAGUUGAGCUGUUAUCCGAAACUGAGAAACGUCUUUGUGGUGAGAUCAGAAUAUUACCAGCGCAUUAUCUGAAGAUGCUACAUGUCAUGUCAAUAGAGAUGUUGCGGGGCAACCUUACCAAGAAAUCAGAUGCCCAUGGCCUAUUCAGAGUGGAACCAAGCAAAGUGGAUAGGGUGUAUGAUAUGCUUCUAUCCAAAGGAAUUGCUCAAGCAUGAUUUUGUGUGGGCAUGCUUGAUGUGUAAAUAGCUUGUUUUUUCGUCUUCUUUUUCUUCGAUCUAUUUUUAUUUGUACUUUUUUUUUUUUGGGCAGUGAGAGGGAAGAAUUUUCACUUUUUGA